CUUGACUUCUUGUUUUUAAGAUAUAAAUAAGACUAAAAAUACACAUUGAUGAAUAUGUUUAGACAAUGAAAGUGAUUUCAUAUUUUACAUUCAAAAAAGAUCUUCUGCGUCAUUACAUUGGGCGACAUUAUUAUCAAUAUGGAUUAUUCUGUUCAACGCAUCCCUUAAUGCUGAUUUUGAUGAGCUGUGUCAUUAUUAUAUUUUGCAGCUUACCCUUGACAAGUUUCCCUAUUUUUGAGAAGAUUUUGGCAUUCUUGUUUCAAAGAAUUCAAGUGAAUUACAACACUGUUGUUUCUAAAACAAGUGUUGAUCAACAGCAUGACAAUGUUUUUGCUUACAUUCAACAAAUAAAAGUUAAUGCAACCAUUAAAGGAAAAACUCGGUUAUCCAGUGAGGAUAUUAUUGAGAGUAUUUUACAGCUACCUGCAAUGCAUCGUUUAGAAAAAUCUCUCAGACAACCAAAAGGACACUUUGACGAAAUCUGGGAUGAGUCAUGUUUAAAGUUAUAUCGAGAUCCACCAUCUAUGAAAGCAUUAAAGAAGCGUAUAAAAUAUGUGAAAGGCAGCAUACACAACGACCUUAGAAUGAGGCGGUUUUACUUGCUGGAGUGUUUGUUUGUAUCACCAAAUGUUUUGUUUGACAAUGGUCAAAGUGAGAUGUCUCUUAGUGACUUUACAGUUCCAUUUCAAGAGUUGACCAUGGGUUACCCGAUGCAGCGCUUUACUCAUGUUGGUCGAAAUCGACUAAAUUCAACAACAAUUUCCUUCAUGUUUACGCUGUUUUUGAAAAAGCACAAUAAAAGAUUCCAGGACUUGAUAAUUGCUGAUUUGAAAUCUGAUGCUUUUAACACAAAAGUAUCAGUACCUGAAGAAAAAGGUCAUAAAAUUUAUUACAAGCUUUCAUACGAAGCAGGCCCUGCUGAGUUGAUCCCAUUAACCAUAGCAUAUGUUGUUGUUUUCUUCUAUUUGUGGUUUUCAGUUGCCAAACUUGAUUUAAUCCGAACGCGUUGGGGUUUGGCAUUCUCUGCUGUCAUGAAUUGCAUCUUAUCGUUCACGAUGGCUAUCGGGAUCUGUGCUACAUUUGAUGUCUUGCCAACAACAUUGAAUGUUGGUGAAAUAUUUCCAUAUGUUGUUAUUUUGAUUGGUAUCGAGAAUUUUUGGAUUAUUACAAAAUCUGUGAUGACAACCAGAAAAGAUUUGCAAGUAAAAGACAGAGUAGCAAGAGGCUUGGGUAUGGAAGGAUGGUAUAUUACGAAAAAUUUAGUUGUUGAAUUGUUGUUACUUUGUGUGGGUUAUAUCUCUCGUGUAAAAGGGGUACAGGAGUUUUCUGUGUUCGCUCUGGCAUGCUACCUGUCAGACUUCUUUCUUCAAAUGACUUUCUUUACACCAAUUCUCGCUGUUGAUAUUCGAAGAGCUGAGGUUGGACUCCCUUUCACUAACCGUUCUGCUUGGAAAUAUGCUUUUUAUAUUGACAUUGAAAAACCAGGCGGUAUCAAACAAAUGACGCAGCAAAGGGCAGGUCGAUUCUCUGCUGCAGUGAAAAUGGCGUUCAGCUUUGCACGAUAUCGUGUGUUGCAACGGACAGUCAUGGUUUUAAUCGUGCUUUACUUUAUUCUGACGUUGACUCUACCUAUUCAAGAGAUGGUGAGUGCAGUGCAGAACAAACAAAUCAACAUCAUCACAAACAGAACUACCAAUCAAAUGUCUUGUUGGACGGACGGUGAUGUUUACUAUAAAGAAAAUAUUGUGUCGUGGUUGUUUUUAUGUGGAAAACACUGGCCAGAACUGUUCAAUUAUUAUUUCGUACAUUUGAAUGAAAAAAACAUUGUGGUGUUACCGCAAAUUGAUGUAUUAGUUAACAUACCUUCCGCGUUGCUAAAGCCUACCAUCUUUGUACCACGUGACAAACACGUGUUUUACCGAAUUCUCAUUUUCUUGCAAGAAACAUCAAAGCCGAUCAUAGCAGUGUGUUGUAUUAUGUUUCUUACCGUGGCAUACAAAUUGGGCAGUGCUCUGCAGUCAGUGUUGCAGCAACUUCAACACAAAACUGAUGUUUACACUUGCGUAAAGAAAAAACUCUCCGUUCCCAGCUCGUCAAAGCGAUUUUUGUACAAGCUAAUCAAAAUGGUUGUUGACGAAACGGAUUCUUUGGUCUGUGCGUUCAACAAUGGUGCCGUGUAUGUGUGGGACCUCUACGAUGGAGAGUGCAGUUUUCAUAUUAAUCGUAGAUGUAAAGAAGUACAAAAUCUGCGCAUCUCUCGCAGUGUCAGCACUCUCUCUUUACCAUCACAAGAAAAUAUUAUAAAUCGUCCUGACUUUUCCACGCAGCAGCUACCGAGAGCUGUGUGGUCACUUGCUUACAAGUCAGAUGUUUUAAUUGUGGGAUGUGACAAUGGUACAGUCGAGGUCUAUUCACUGGAAAAUCAUUCUUUGCAGUGCGUCCACGAAAGUAGGAAUACGUCGGGUGUUGUAAGCGUUAAAAUUAUAUCAUGUUUAAGAUUUGUAAUCGCCCAUAAAAAUGGCGUGGUGGAAUUUUGUCACAUCAAAACAAAGAAUGUUGGUCACAAAAGGACAAACUCGUUACCAAACUCUUCUCAUGCAUCACGUGAAAUUGAAAUUUCCAGAAGUGUAGUUAUAUCGCACAGCUCUAUCAUAUACAUGGACAUAGCUAUCGACAAGAUAUAUGUUGUCUCAUUGCAAGGACAAGUCAAGGUGUUGCGGGCAAGCGAUGAUGGUGGCAUUCCUCUACAAUCACAACUUCCAAGAGAUCAAGAAGUAACUGCUAUUAAAGUAGAGCUUAGUCCAGAAAUGGCCAUCAUUGGAACUUCCGUUGGUAAUGUUUACAUUUUAAACUCGCUUGGUCAAACAGUAAAAUCACUCAGCUGUGGCGAUGAUGAAGUUAUGUCUGUGUCUUCAGAUGAUGACUACAUCGCUGUCUUAGCGUAUGAUGGUGUGCUCACUGUAUGGCUAAAAGAAGGUUACAUAAAAUGGUGGCAACUUAAUUUGAUGCCAUACGGAGGAGCGUAUGAAAUAGUCUCAUUGGCGAGGUACUCCUUGGCUGCUGUCACAAAGGACAACGUCAUCUUGCUAAACGUCGUGUCGCGUGUUAUAGUUUCAAGCGUCGUCUAUGACCCGUCACCGACGGCGGGCCUAAUUAUAGCGACACCUGUGGUAUGUCAAAAUAGAAUUGCAUUGGCUGUUCCAACAGGUAACACCGUCACGCACCUUAAAUUUCCGAAACUGACGGACUACGACCGAUAGUGCUGAUAAGGAGAAAGAUACCUGUGGAGAAGACCUGUCAAGGAACCCUCGUAGAGAUUACGUAUCGACUUCAAAAAAAAAACACGAAGCCCUUUCAUAAUCAAUCAGUGUGUCCAGUUAGGCGUAAAUAGACAAAGACUGUUUGUAAUGGCCUAAGAGUGACGAUAGUAUGCCUCAGUGGCGGAAGACGAAGAAUUUGACAUCAAUCAGGAAGCGGUACAGUGUACGGAAUAUUGUACGCACAUUUGCAAGUUACAUUGCACCUAACACUAACAAACCAAGGUAACCAGUGGAAUAUUAAAUGAUAGCGAAGUAAUCGUAGUGAUUGUGUAAAAACAACAAAAUGAAAUCUAUUUACAUCCGAUAAAAAAUACAAUUUUUAUUAUAAUUUGUACAAAAUCAUGAUUAUUAUGAAACGAUAGGGUGAAUGUAUACUUCGCCUGAAUCAGUUUGUUGUUAGAACAAUGUUAAUAAAAUCUGUCGCAGA